UUACCUUCUUCUCAGACGUGUCUAUUCAGUGGCCGUACGGACACCGGAUCCCCAACUACAAAGCCGACCCGGACUUCGACGACUGCUGCAUCCGGCUCAUAAGGCGCACCUCAUGGGCGAGAUUCUACAAGAUACCGAGUUCCAAGUAGCUGUUCGUAGCGAGAUCGUCGAAGCUAACGUGAGCGAUGGGGGAGGCAUCGUCCCCAACACCAUCGCUUUCGCAUACGACAAAACCAGUAAUCCCUGCACGCUCCGCAAGUUCUUGGUUGACCUGUACGCGCUCACUGUUGACGCGCAGUGGCUCAAGUGUGGGACGGUGCCGCACCUUUUCCUCGUCGAUAUGGCACAGUCCUUUCUGGAGAAGAGUAGGGAGUUGCGGGCUGGUGAGGAUGUUUGGAUGGUCUUGACCGCGGCGGGAUGUUUGGAGCUGGAUGGCGAAAGCUCUGGGGACAGUUGGGAGGCUGAGCAUUAGCGGUUAGUGUUGUCAACUGAUGUUUAGUUUUGGGUGGUUCUUCGAUGAUACUCUGGAAAUUUGCAAUUUUGAUAGGGAAGGGCAAGGAGAGCAGAACGAAGCAUGAGCGUGAGAAUCCUGGGAAUGUAAAAGGCAGGAGAGCGGGAGGUAAAGAGAUGAUGAUGACGGUUGAAUCUCGAUCUU